AUGGAGUCUCAAGGGCCCGCCAGCAGUUCGGCAAGCCCUUGGGGUAUCCGCCAAAUCGCCACGAACCUUCGUGAAGCGUGCGCCGGCGCGGGCCUCCCCUGCGAGCUGGUGGUCAACGUGGACAACCCUCACGAGGCGGGCGACUGGGCCGAGGUGGCGCACGCGUCGAGGGGGUUCGUGGUACCCGUGUUUUCCGCCAACAUCCACGAGGCGCGCGGCUACAACCGGGCCGCCCGGGCCGCCCGGGGAAAGUACCUCAUCAUUUGGCAGGACGACCAGCUGGCCCCCCCCGCCGCCGCCUCCUCCCCCCCCUCCGCCUGGUUGCGGCACCUGAUGGCGCUCUUCCGCUCCCGGCCCCAGCUGGGCCUUGUGGGUAUGAACACGUACCGGCUGUGCAGGGACCGGGAGCCCACCAACAGGUUCGGAGCGACGCCGUGGCAGCCUGACCCGCAGACGGGGGUGAGCUGGUCGUUUGUGCAGUUCGUUGACUUCGCCCCCCUGGUCAUCCGUACAUCCGUAUUCUGGUCCCUGGGGGGCUUGGAGGAGGGUUUCACUCGGAGGGGUGAUUGCGGCAUCUGGGGCGACUGGGAGCUCAGUAACCGGGCCUGGCUGUCAGGGUGGCAGCUUCUUUCGCCCGAGGUGGUUUCCUCCACUUGCCCAAUCGGGGGGGUGACGAGGUACGGCCAGAUGUCGUACCAACUGGAGCUGUGUGAAAAAGUACGUCAGCUCAACUUGGAGUCGUUUCGACUGUCGGAAGCUGUGGACUGCCCGUACGGCACCGAGGAGACGUCGUACGGGAACUGCAGUUGGCCUGGGGCUGGGUUGG